GGUAAAAUCACCUUUGCCCUACCGAUGACACAGAUGAUGUUUUAGUCCCGGUUUUAGUUGAAAAACAGGUAGAUCUUCGUACGAUACCCGCACGCGACUGAACGUUAAGAUAUAUGUGAACAUGUCGUCGACAUUCCGAUACUUCGCUUACGGCAGUAACUUGCUAAAGGAAAGAAUUCAUAUUAAUAAUCCUUCCGCUGAGUUCAUUGGUGUUGCACUGUUGAAGAAUUACAAACUGGCAUUUGGUAAUUGCAAGCGUGUACUACAGCAUCAUAAAUCAAAUUCUCACUGGGGAGAUGGUGGAGUUGCAACAAUCUUGAAAUCCGAAGGUGACAAUGUCUGGGGUUCUGUAUGGAAGAUUAACAUGGAUCAUAUGGCUGCCUUAGAUAGCCAGGAGGGUGUAUCAGAACGUUACUACGACCCAUUAGAAGUGGUUGUUCAUACACUGGAUAAUGAUGAACUUGUUUGCCGCACAUAUCAACAAACAGAAUGUGAACUGUGUGAUCCGACACCUCAGUAUCUCUCUGUAGUACAAGAUGGCGCUAAACAAAGUGGACUUCCUAAUACCUAUCUAUCGUUUCUAAUGUCAAUCAAACACAAUAACUAUCAAGGAGAAUCCAGUAUUUAUCAGCAAGUUCAAGAGAAGAAAUUGGAUGGGUUAAAAGAGUAGAGUUAUUCCAUAGACAAUCUACACAUACACUCAAAAUCUUCUGAAUGUAAUUUUAAAUGAUAUUUCUGUUAUUUCAUUAUUGUAGAAUGCUACACAAC